CCGCAGCGCAGGGGCAGGAGGGAGCGGCUGCGGGCAGAGCCGCCCGGCCCGGCAGAGGCAGCGGGGGCUGCGCAGGCUCCGCCCGGCGCUCCCAUGGCGCGGCGGCUCCGCGCCAGGUGAGGCUGCGCUGCCUGUUGCGCUGAGCCGAGCCGAGCUGAGCUGAGCCCAACCCAACCCGAGCGGAGCAGCACGCUGCGAAGUUUCCCAGCGAUGUAUCACUGCUCUUCUACCCUCGAAUGCUGCCAGUGAGACAAAGACUUUCUUUGUAGCUGGACCAUUUCUAUAAGGAGUCCCUAAAUGCUUGUUUGUUUCUGACAGAGGAAAAAAAAACAGGUGUGCUUCUAAGAAGAGUAUUUGCCGAGAGGAAACCCACAUAUUAGUGACUUUUGACUAGUCCUACUGAAGAAAAUGAAGCCACGUUUCAGCUUUGCCGAUCCUUUUCCCACCACUGUUGCCUGAAUGAGAAAUGGUCAUGUGAUUAUGCUGACACCCCAGCAUGCAUUUGGUAGACCUGUGGUUAACUCGUUCCCUCUCCAUGUGUCUGCUCUUACAAAGUUUUGUCCUCAUGAUACUGUGCUUUCAUUCUGCCAGUAUGUGCCCAAAAGGCUGCCUCUGUUCUCACUCCGGAGGUCUGAAUGUCAGCUGUAGCAAUGCGAACCUCAAGGAGAUACCAAGAGAUCUUCCUCCAGAAACAGUCUUACUUUAUUUGGACUCCAAUCAGAUAACAUCUAUCCCCAAUGAAAUUUUUAAGGACUUGCACCAACUGAGAGUCCUCAAUUUAUCAAAAAAUGGGAUUGAGUUUAUAGAUGAACAUGCCUUUAAAGGGGUGGCAGAAACCCUGCAGACUCUGGAUUUGUCCGACAACCGGAUUCAGAGCGUGCACAAAAAUGCUUUCAACAACUUAAAGGCCAGAGCCAGAAUUGCAAACAAUCCCUGGCACUGUGACUGCACGCUGCAGCAGGUGUUGAGGAGCAUGGCAUCCAAUCACGAGACAGCCAACAACGUCAUCUGCAAGACAUCCGUGUUGGAUGAACACGCUGGGAGACCGUUCCUCAAUGCUGCCAAUGAUGCUGACCUCUGCAACCUUCCUAAAAAGACUACUGAUUAUGCCAUGCUGGUCACCAUGUUUGGCUGGUUCACCAUGGUGAUCUCGUAUGUGGUUUAUUACGUCCGGCAAAAUCAGGAGGAUGCAAGGAGGCACCUUGAGUACUUGAAAUCCCUGCCAAGCAGGCAAAAGAAACCAGAUGAAGCUGAUGACAUUAGCACUGUGGUAUAGUAUUCUGAAUACAAUGACUGCCUUUGUGACGGAAACUAGAUUUGGAUGACACUAAAACCAGAGGUUUACUUAUAAUGUUCAUUGUAAACAUUAAGACUUCGGGAAUUUUUUUUCUGUUUAAUUGAAUUACGCCACUGUUGAGCUUUCUAACAGGAAGUUUUGUUGGGGUGGUAUAGUUUAAUUAUUUCUCUGGUGGUAUCCUGAAGCAAGUGAAUUAACAUGUAAACAUUAGUUUAGACCCAUUCCACUAUUUAAUAACGAAAUUUAUUUUUUUAAUUUAAAGCCAAAUAAAAGCUUGAAUUUGAACCAUGUAAAGCAGAGUAAUUUAUUGAUCAGAAACCUCUCAGGUGCCAGAGCACACUUAGUUUGAUCAGGUAGAAGAGAGUAACGGUGACAGAGGGGGCUGCGAGAGGUCCAGUAGCAGAGGGUUCCAGAAGAGCACUUCUCUGAUUGGGGUGUCAGGUGAAGAGCUGGUGAGUGGUAGCCUGUUUUGGGGACUGCUUGCUGUGAUGGGAGAGAGGUGCUAUGUGUGGAGAGAAGGGAGCCCUAACUCCAACUGUAAGGAACUGAAGCUUGAGUAAGACUCGGAGGGCUUUUUGGCAGCACUGGGGAGGAGCCAACAUGAAGGAGCUACAGUGCAGGACAUCACAGAGAGGUAAGUGGGGAAACGUGGUGGGUUUCCAUCUUGCACCCACUUACUGCCUCCCUUGAAUUUCAGACAGGUGUCCCCAGCACUGGGAAGGACAGCAAGAAAGCAAGAGCAAACUUAGUGUAGUAUUCAAACCAGAGUAUUACUAGUGAUGGAGAAAGAAAAAGAAAAAAGUUAAAUAAAAUUAGUCCUAAUCUGUACAUUGGUUUGUAAGUAGUGGCUUUAUUUUUUAGGCUGCAGCUGAAUAAAAUAAGUUAAUAUAUGGGCUGGGCAUAUUCUGUUGUGCAUUAGAAAAUAUUUUGGUCAGAUUUUAUGGAUAAGUACUUAAGAAAAUAUAAAGCCCAUGCAGUUAAAGUCGGCUUUGAAUAUGAAAUGGAUAUUUGAAAGCUCAGCUCUUUUUAAAAAUAUGAUUGUUUUUUCUUCUCAUAGAUAAAGUUUUCGAAGGAAACAAAUUCACAAGAAUGUAUUCCUCUUGUCUUUUAUUGCCGUAAUAAAACAAUACUUGCAUCUAAAUUCCUAUAGAUCCAGUCUACCUGACACUGGAAUAGGAAUUGUAGAAGGGUGGGCUAAAAAAAAUAUAAAAUGCUACUUUGCAAAAACAAAUGUUGAAGGAUAGCCUGAAAAAAAAAUUUUUUAAAAAUCCAGUCCUAUCUACCAUUAGAUUAUCCAUUAUUUCUGUUACAAUUAUGUUGUUUUAUAUUUCAGAAGGCAUGAGCUUGUUUAUCGUAUUUCUUUCAGAAUGUUGUUAAAAGAAUAUCUAAAAUUUAUUCCAAAGCAGGUGACAGAAGAGGGGAAAAAAAUAUUUUUUUUAAAUGUGCAUAGAAUCAAUUUUUUUAUGACAUCUUUGUGGGCUGAGUUCUGGUGAGUAGCUGUUCAUGUGGCCAGCCUAGCUAUUUGUAUAGUUCUAUCUUGAUGGACAGGUUUUGACAUAUUAAGAGAAUGUAAAUAUUUGUAAAGAGCACAGUCUGUCCAAAAGAUAUCUCCAAUAUUUCUGCCUCCUCCUUUUCCUUCCCUUCCCUUGUUAAGUAAAAAUUCUAUUUUCUAGAGAGAGGAGACUGUUGAUUAUACGUCCUGCUUGGUUUGCAUUUUUAUACCUUCUUUUUUUUUCAAUCUCUACCUUGCUGAAC